AUGUCAUACUCUGUAACCCAAGGGGAUAUCAGGUAUUGGAAUGCCAUGGGCAGUAUCGCCGCUGGGACGUCAAUGAUUCUAGCUUUAUUUAUACUAGUUUCAUCAUGCUGGAUAUACACACAUAGGUUGGCCAGACAUACCCUCGACAGAAUAUCAUUUAGGCUCUUACUUUGGUCGAUGGCUUGGGAAGUGGGUUAUAGUACUACUUAUCUUAUUGUCUGUGCCAAUCCAUCAUUCGUGGUUGAGUAUAAAAAGACGAAAGCUUGUGUGGCUGGAGCUUAUUUCAUGAUUGGCACUAUCGGAGUGGUCAAUUGGUUAUGUACUUGUAUAGCAAUCAACUUGAUGGUCACCAUCUGUUUCAACCAUAAUCCCAUCCAAUUAGGGUUGGAAAAAUGGUAUAUCAUCGGAUCGACCGUUCUAGGUUUAGGCGUACCUGUCGUUCCUGCUAUCGUAGGACAUCUAGGAGAAGAUCCGGUAUUUGGAUCUUGUUGCAAUCGGUUAACUGGCUCGAUCUUAGCUACUUUACCUCGAGUGAGUAUGUUUCUGAUUCUGAGUUUGAACUUGCCAUCAGACGGGUGGUUAAUGGACCGGUAUGGAAACGCAGACGCAGAGCAUCGGAUAAAAUAUUUAAUUUCAGAUUUGUGUUUGUGGCAGAUCUUAUCAUGUGUAAUCGCUACCGUCGCUGUCAUAGCGACAUUGGUACGAUUAAUGCGACAUGGCCGUAAAACCACGCGAUUGAUGAUGGGUGGCAAUUCUCUGAAUAAAGCAUUUCAUAAAGAUCCGGAGAACGGUCAAGGAUAUGGACAAAGUCCAGCUUCGAGUGGUGGGGGAGGCGGCGGACGAACAGAUUCGUCUUUCCAGGAUAGUCUACCAAAUUGCCUAAGAUACAAUUUUCAACAUGCUACCAGACCCAGAUCAACUACGAAUAGAUUACAGGACAAACUGUUCAAGAUCGCAAUGAAAAUAUCACUUUAUCCUAUCUCCCUAAUUAUCGUCAAUGGAAUUAUGACAAGUGGAGAUUUAUUCUUGACGUUAUCAGGUGGUAUCAACUCAAAAGGAGAUUUUACCAUUUUCUUGAUUUACAAUUUCAUGUUUGCUGGACGAGGAAUUGUGUUCGCUUGUCUUGGGAUAUUCGUUGAUCCCUGCUUGGCAAGAGGUUAUAAAGCGGCAUUGCAAGAAAGGAAUGAGAGUCAGAAAUACUAUACUGAAAGUGAACUUCGGGUAAAACAACCCAAUACUGGGGGAGGAUUUGAGAGAAGUAUCCCGAUGGUCGAAAUCUCGCAUAUAUCACCAUUACCUUAUAAGGGUCAUUUGCUGGAAUCCGGUGCGGGUUCGGAGGAUUAUUCAGUUUCCAAAGGAAAUGGAUCAGAACAAGUGCAAGAACAACAGAGUACAUCCGUGAUUAGAGCUGGUUCCAUCGUGGAUAGAGUGGAAGAAGUGAGCAUCGUCAACCUUCCCAAUUCCAACAGUCAAAGUCAACACUUGAGCGAUAACAGUCGAAGAACAUCAAGAUUAUUGGCGGUAUCGUAUCACGACAUAUUGGAGGGUAAGUCAUUUACGAGGAGUGAACCUGGACGUGAAGAUAUCUCGAUAAUACCCACUGGUGCUGGUACAGGAGAGAAUGGUGGUAAUGCUGUACGUUAUGUAAGGAGUGAAAGUGCAUUGUUAGCCGCAGGCGGAUCAACAAAUCAAAUUCAGAUUGAAAUUCACGAUGGUCAACUUCCGGUGGAUAAGAUGAAUGAAAAGCCACAAAAUAAGAAAAAAGGGCGAGGUUCAAGAGGAUCAGGGAAUAUCACGUUAGGCAGUCAUAACGAAAAUAACAUUGUUGGUUCAUCAUCUUCUGCCGCACUCGCAGCUGCUGCCGAUACCGAGGAAGACGAGAUUGAAAGGAUUUUUCAAAGAGCUCAGACCAGGUUGUAA